GCCCUGGCCCUCCUCCUGGGCGCCGCCAAUGGCCAUCUGAUCAUGAACACGCCGACCCCGUACAACCUUCACGGGACCGCUAAACUCCUCCAAGUCGAUCCCCUCGGCGCGAGACUGCCCUUUCCUUGCCAGGGCGCAACCGAAGUUGUUUCGGUAACCCCACUCACAGCCGGCAGCUCACAGCUCGUCAAGUUCACCGGCGGCGCCCAGCAUGGCGGCGGAUCCUGCCAGUUCGCUCUGACGUACGACUACCCGCCCCCGGCCGACGUGUCGAAGUGGAAAACCAUCUACACCAUCAUCGGCGGAUGCCCCGUCUCUGCAGCCGGCAACCUUCCAGUUACCGGCACCGACCAGGACGGACGCGCCGACUCGGUUCAGUGCGGCAACGAUUCUGGCACCGAGUGCAUUCGCCAGUUCGAGAUUCCCGUCCCCAAGGACAUUCCCAACGGCAAUGCUACCUUUGCUUGGACGUGGUUCAACAAGAUUGGCAAUCGCGAGAUGUACAUGAACUGCGCACCUGUGACCAUCACGGGCGGUUCGGACGACCAGAGCUUCUUCAACGAGCUGCCGACAAUGUUCACCGCGAAUAUCGCCGGAGCCUGCACCACCAACAACGGGGUGCUGAAUAUCCCCAACCCAGGGAAGUACGGCAUGGUGCUCGAGCAGCCCGCGGCAGAUAGCGAGGGCACUUGCGCCAAGGCGUCCGGCAUCCCGACUUUCGAGAAUGGUGGCGGCAGCGGCGGCGGCGGUAAUGGUACCACGACUGCUGUAGGCAGUGCCCAGCCAACUUCUGCGUCAUCCGGGUUCGUCACCAAGACGACCGCUGCUGGAGGCGGUGGCGGCGCCCAGCCAACAUCUGUUGCGUCCUCGACGAUCCCGAGACCCACGAAUGGUACCGGUACCGGUACCGGUUCCGGCUCAGGUUCCGGGUCAUCUGGCGGCGCACAGGCUUGCUCCGCAAAUGGGGCCAUUGUCUGCUUCAGCGAGACCUCCUUUGGGCUCUGCUCCAACGGUCUCGCGACUCCACAGCAGGUAGCAGCCGGCACAGUCUGCAUCGAUGGAACGAUCGCCCAUGCGAGCGCCAAGUUU